ACGAGGAGAAGAAAAGCAUCUGUGGCAAAUAAAUUCAAACUGUAGAGCAGCAUUGUACCUCUUAUUACUAUGAUUGUCACACUGAGACGAACUGUGGUAAGAACUUUGAACUGUGGAGGGAAGUAUCACACCUUUCAGGAUACAACCUGCCUAAGUAUUCUUAUUAGAAGUGUCACCCAGUUUUACUGCAUGUAAUGUAAUGUGAUGUGAUGUAUUUUAAAGUUCCGUUUUGUCCAACGGCCCCUGAACGCGCCGCCAUCAUCAAGCGUCUCUGAGGUUCUUUUAUCAAACGGCGUGGACGAACUGCGCAUGUGCGUGACUGAGCUCAGUCGGAAGCGAAGUCGAGCUAAUCUAAAGGAGGUCUACAUCAGAAACCGAAAAUAAAAGAGCCAUGUCAGGAUUUCUGGACGGAAUCCGGUGCGGAGACUGCGAGUGCAAUGUGGACUGGGGCGAGAGAAGAAACGCCAUCGCUUCUGUAGCUGCGGGAGUUCUGUUCUUCACAGGGUGGUGGAUCAUCAUCGAUGCAGCCGUGAAAUAUCCAGAUCAGGGACAGUUCCAUCAUGCCUAUCACACCUGUGGAGUCAUCGCAACAGUGGCUUUUCUCAUGAUAAAUGCUGUUUCAAAUGGCCAGGUGAGAGGAGACAGCUACAGUGAAGGCUGCAUGGGACAGACAGGCGCACGAGUGUGGCUGUUCAUCGGCUUCAUGCUGGCCUUUGGUUCUCUCAUUGCCUCCAUGUGGAUUCUGUUUGGAGGAUUCGUAGUGCCUCAGAAAGCUGUUGUGUACCCGGGUAUUGCCAUCUUCUUCCAGAACGCAUUCAUUUUCUUUGGGGGCUUGGUCUUCAAGUUUGGACGUACAGAGGAUUUGUGGCAGUAAUGGACUUUUGUGUCUUUGUGUGUCCGCUGUUAAACACUUUGCUUUCUGUAUGGUGUGAGACAAUGCUUUAGUGGUUGUCCACUUUAUAUAUAAAUAUAUAUAUAAACUUUUUUAGCUUUGAUUUAAAAUGUUUAAUUUAAACUGUUUUCUGUACAAUGGCUAAAUCGUGGCUAAGCACAAACUAUUCAUUGUGAGUUUGAAUAUUUGGCACAUCUUCAAAUGUAGCCCUGUUAAGUUUGAAUGGUUUACAGCUUGUGUAUAACAAAAAGUGUGUAUUCUGAGAGGAGUUGAGUGACUGCUAUGACAGCACCAAACUUCAUACACACUGAAUGUUUUAAGACACUGUACACACGGGCAAAUACUGAAUGUAACCGUGUGAGGUUGUUCGUGUUUCUCUUGAAAUAACACUCUGAACUCUGAAGCUUUGCCACCAUCCACAUUUAUUGUUCAUGGUUAGUUUUGCUUGGACUAUAAUGACCAGAAAUCAGCAAAGGUUUCACAACUGUAUAUUUUGUUUGCGUACUAGAGAUUUGUACUUUACUGCAACACUUCAAUUUUGCUUGUUUAACAGCCGAACCAUGACGUCAUUGUCCGGCAAUCAUGGCAGCAUUAACAUACACAUACCAAACAGUGAAUAAAUCUUUCAUUCAUCGUU